UCUCCCUCGUCUCCCUCGUCUCCGACACAGCUAUGGCUGCUACAGUGAACUUGGAGCUGGAUCCCAUUUUUCUGAAAGCCCUGGGCUUUUUGCACUCGAAGAGUAAGGACUCUGCUGAGAAGUUGAAAGCACUUCUUGACGAGUCAUUGGCCAGAGGAACUGACUCGAGCUAUCGUCCCUCUCAGAAGGAAGUAGAGCAACCAAAAGUAUCUGUCACCAAACCCAUUAAGCAAGAGCCUAAAGCUUCAUCCAGUUUGCCUUCUGGCAACAACAAUGGCAAGCCCACUGCUUCAGAAAAGGUGAAAAAAGAAACAGAAAAGAGAUCUGCAGAUAAAAUGAAAGGGGAUCCUGCUGAAGGAGCUGAUGCACCAAAAAAGCCCAGAGUAGAGAAGCAAGAGGCUCGUUCCUCUCCUAUUACAGUUCAGACGAGCAAGGAUUUAUCCAUGCCUGACUUAUCUAGCUUUGAGGAAACCAGUGCUGAUGACUUUGCCAUGGAGAUGGGAUUAGCCUGUGUUGUUUGCAGGCAAAUGACAGUUACUUUUGUGAAUCAGCUAGUGGAGUGUCAGGAGUGCCAUAAUCUCUACCACCAGGAUUGCCAUAAACCUCAGGUGACAGACAAGGAAGUGAAUGAUCCUCGACUUGUCUGGUAUUGUGCCCGCUGUACCAGGCAGAUGAAGAGAAUGGCUCAGAAGACACAAAAACCACCUCAAAAACCAGCUCCUGCAGUGGUUUCAGUUGCACCAGCUUUGAAGGAUCCAUUGGUCAAGAAACCAGAAAUCAAGUUAAAACCUGAGACCCCACCAGCUUUUCUGGCAUUCAAGAGAACAGAAAUCAAGACCUCAGCAGCAGUUUCGGGGAACUCUGCCAGUACAAGCGUUUCCUCUUCAGCAACGAGUGGCCUUACAGGAUGGGCUGCUUUUGCAGCCAAAACCUCCUCUGCCAACCCAUCAGCUGCCAAACUGGGAUCGACAGCACAGAGUGCCAGCGGGAAACCUGCAGCUUCUUCAAAUAACCAGAAACCCGUGGGUUUGUCAGGGCUGGCAACUUCAAAAACAGGACUGGGGGCCAAAAUAGCUUCUGCCAACAACAGCACAAACCCCGUUCAGCUGAAGCCGCCCCCUCCGCUGACCCUGGGGAAGACGACGCUGAGCCGCUCGGUGAGCAGCGACAACGUGAGCAAGGCCGGGCUGCCCAGCCCCAGCAGCGCCGGCCCCAGCUCCGGCAGCAGCAGCGGCACCGCUGGCGGGAACGGCAGCGGCGGCUCCACGGGCAGCGGCGCCGGGAAAGCCACGCCUGACACCGGCAGCCAGCCAGCGUCCCUGAAAGGCCCGACCUCACAGGAGUCCCAGCUCAACGCCAUGAAAAGGCUACAGAUGGUCAAGAAGAAGGCUGCUCAAAAGAAGCUCAAGAAGUAGUCUGGCUGCUCGCUGAUGUCAGUUGUGUUCUGCGAGACAGCGGCAUCAGUGUUUUUCCUAAAGAAAAUCCUCCAGGUACUGGACUGAAAGAGGUUAAAUCAGGGAAGCCCAAACCCUGUGUCAUGCAUAAGGUCAGACUUUAAUAAUUCCGGUAUUCAUUCUGCCUUUGCAAAACAGUGAAUUGAAUAUGUUAAAUGAAUUCAUUGUUACAUGUUCCUGGUUCUGUAACUCAAAGCACUGAAACUUGAAAUUGUAAAACUUGGGUAUUUUUUAAUGUUAAACCUUCCAUAUUUGUGUAGAUACUUAAUAAAUUGAACUUGCUGAA